CCAUUCUACUCUACUAGAUUGUCGGCCGAAUUGGCGAGUGGUGCUGCUAGCUGUGCUCCAUCUACUGUGGCAUCAUCAGCUCCAGCUUCUUCUGCUGCUUCUUCUGCUUCUCCAGUUUCGUCUGCUGCUCCAGCCUCUUCUGCUUCUCCAGCUUCUUCCGCUGCCCCAGUUUCUUCCGCUGCUCCAGCUUCGUCUGCUGCUCCAGCUUCUUCAGCCGCUCCAGUUUCUUCCGUUCCUUUGUCAUCAGCCUCUGAUGUUAUCACUGGGACCACUACCUCUACUGUGUUUGUCACAUCUACACACUACACUUCCACUACGAUCGUGACCGAUUGGGUCACUGUUGUUGCUCCACUUGUUAAGAGAGACGCUGGACUUGCUAAGAGAGACGCUGGGCUUGCUACCGUUUUUGUUACCAGUACCAUCACUGUUGAUGGUGUAUUCACUUCCACUGUUACUUCUACAACCACUGUUACUACAUUGUCUACUGCUUCUUCUGUUCCAGUUUCGUCUGCUGCUCCAGCUUCUUCCGCUUCCCCAGCUUCGUCUGCUGCUCCAGCUUCUUCCGCUGCUCCAGCUUCGUCUGCUGCUCCAGCCUCUUCCGCUGCCCCAGCUUCGUCUGCUGCUCCAGCUUCUUCCGCUGCUCCAGCUUCUUCUGUUGCUCCAUCUUCGUCCGUUACUCCAGCCUCGUCCGGCGCUUCAGCUUCGAUUCCGUCUAGUGCCUCCGCUCCAGCGUCUGUUAUUCCAACCCCAUCUACUACCGCUCAUGUUUCGUCAUCUGGUGGCGUAUUCACUGCGACCUCAUGGGUCACGGAAACCACUUGGGUACUGCUCUGUGGAUAAUGGGAUCGCUUUAUCCCUAUAACACUCGUUAAAAAGGUGGCAUCUCAGACCUUUCUACAUGCCAGGGAGUAUCACCGGGCAUGGUAUCCAACCUUUGUUGAGGUAUCUCACUAAUACCCAUAGAU